AUGUUGUCCUCCCUUGCGCUCUCCGCAGUCCCGCUGCUGCUGGCCGGCCUGCAGGCUGUGACGGUGGGCGCCGUCCCGACCAUCUCGGCUGUAGGGUCCAAGUUCUUCUUCGAGAAUGGGACCCAGUACUACAUCAAGGGUAUCGCCUAUCAGCUGACCCCCGACGAUCCGCUUAUCGAUACCGCCCAGUGCAAGCGAGAUAUCGUGCGUAUGUCUGAGUUGGGCGCCAACGCGAUCCGAGUGUACCACGUCGAUGCCAACGGAGACCAUUCGGGCUGCAUGACGGCAUUCGCGGAUGCGGGCAUCUAUCUUUUCGUCGAUCUUGAUACCUUUACGACCCAGAUUGAGCAGACCUCACCUCACUGGAAUGAGACCCAGCUGGACCGCUUCGCGGCGGUCCUGGAUGAGUUCCAGCAGUUUGACAACACCGCCGGCGUCUUCGUUGGCAAUGAGGUUUUGACCACCGCCAAUGGCUCUCACGCCGCACCCUACGUUCUGGCCGCUGCUCGCGAUAUCAAGGCGUACCGCGAUAAGAAAGGCUAUCGGGAGAUCCCUGUCGGCUAUUCGGCCGCAGAUAUUGCGGAUCUACGACCCAUGUUACAGAACUACCUUGCCUGCGCGACCAACGCCUCCGAGCGUCUAGACUUUUAUUCUUUGAAUGCCUAUGAGUGGUGCGGCGAUUCCAGCUAUACGGUCUCUGGAUAUGACAUGUUGCAGAAGAAUGCGUCGGAUUAUAAUAUCCCUAUAUUUUUCUCGGAGACUGGCUGCAACACCCCGGCACCCCGGACGUUCGACGAUCAGGCAUCCAUCUUUGGCGACAAGAUGUCCGGCACUUGGUCCGGAGCCAUCAUCUACGAGUGGAUUGAAGAGACCAAUGAUUACGGCCUGAUCAGCUACGGCACAUCGGCCAAGACGGCGGCGGCCACGAACACCAACAUUGAAGAUGGCUACACUCGCAAGGGCACACCAACCCCUGUCUCACCCGACUUUUCCAACCUCAAGUCUCAGUGGGCUACGCUGAGCCCAACUGGCGUGUCUCUCUCCGAGUACCGCAAAGAGACUGGUAGCAUUUCCGUUGUUGAGUGCCCGGCCUAUACUUCCGGUGGAUGGGCCGUGGAUCCAAGCUCCGCUCUUCCGACCCUGGGACAGACCUACAAGGAAGAGGAGGCGACAGCAUCGGGAGACUCAACUGCCUCUGGUACUGCCUCCGGCGCCAGUGCCACAUCGACCUCCAAGAAAAAUGCUGCGAACGCUGUGGUGGUCACUGGCUCUGUCGCCACUGAGCGUCUUCUAUUCAUUUCCAUGCUCUUCUCCGGUGUGAUUGGAGCGGUCGCAUUGUGGCUGUGA